AUGAAGUUUGCCGAGCAUCUGGCCGCCCACAUAACGCCGGAAUGGCGGAAGCAGUACAUCAUGUACGAGGAGAUGAAAGCUCAGCUGUAUGCCGCAGUGGAGCAAUCACCCUCUGCCGAGUUGGUGGACCCGGAAGUACUGACCCGUUACUUUGCCAAGUUUGACGAGCAGUUUUUUCAUUACUGUGACAGUGAACUUGCUAAAAUUAACACAUUUUACUCUGAGAAGCUGGCUGAGGCGACACGCAAAUUUGCUAACCUUCGAACGGAACUGAGCGAAACGCUCGAAAUGGAGGAGCACACGAAGAAAAAGAAAGAUAAUUUACACAAAAUGAAGAAGAACUUACUGCGCAAGAAGAACGUGUCGGUGCGGAAGAUCCAAGAGCUCAAGCUCGCAUUUAGUGAGUUCUAUUUGAGCUUGAUUCUGCUGCAGAACUAUCAGAAUCUCAACUUUACCGGUUUCCGGAAGAUCCUGAAGAAGCAUGACAAGCUGCUGAACGUUGACUUUGGUGCACGCUGGCGUGCCGAACACGUGGAGUCGGCCCACUUCUACGUGAACAAGGAUAUUGAUCGAUUGAUUCACGAGACGGAGAACAUUGUGACGAACGAGAUAGAGGGCGGCGAUCGGCAGCGAGCCAUGAAGCGUCUGCGGGUACCUCCGCUUGGUGAACAGCAAAGCCCUUGGACAACGUUCAAGGUGGGCCUUUUCUCCGGCUCGCUGGUCGUGUUAUGCAUUGCCGUCAUCCUGUCCUCAAUGUUCAACGUGAAGCGCGACGAUUGGAUCGUUGCAUUCCGGCUCUACCGGGGUCCACUGUUGAUUGUUGAAUUCAUGUUCCUUUGGGGCAUCAACGUGUAUGGGUGGCGAUCAUCCGGUGUGAACCACGUGCUGAUCUUCGAGCUCGACCCUCGGAAUCACCUGUCCGAGCAGCACAUCAUGGAGUUAGCGUCCAUCUUUGGUGUGAUCUGGACGAUGAGCGUGCUGGGCUAUUUGUACGCCGAAGCACUGGCCAUUCCAGCCUAUUUGAGCCCGCUCAUACUGUACCUACUGAUGGCGGGCUUUCUUCUUAAUCCGACAAAAACGUUCCGCUACGAGGCUCGCUUCUGGACACUGCGCAUCCUCAGUCGGAUCAUGUUGGCACCCUUUUUCUAUGUAAAUUUCGCCGAUUUCUGGCUUGCUGAUCAGCUGAAUAGCAUCGUGCCAGCUUUUCUCGACCUGCAGUACUCCCUGUGCUUCUUCUCGACCAUGCGCAACUGGAACUACGCAGAAGAACCAAACCAGUGCAUCGAUGAUUCGCUAUGGAUACGGCCCGUCGUCGCGAUGCUUCCGGCUUGGUUCCGUAUGGCACAGUGUUUGCGACGAUUUCGAGAUACCCGCGACGCCCAUCCGCACUUGGCAAAUGCGCUGAAGUAUUCGACGUCGUUUUUUGUGGUCAUUUUCUCGUCAAUCACGCAAGCGACGCGUGAUCAGUACCCCAAGAGCUCAGACAAUCCGUGGUUCUAUCUGUGGAUCCUUGCCUCGAUCGUAUCGUCCUGCUACGCCUACACCUGGGAUAUUAAAAUGGAUUGGGGUCUGUUUGAUUCCAAAUCGAGCGAUAACAAGUUUUUACGCGAUGAAGUUGUCUACAGCUCGAACUGGUUCUAUUACUUCUCCAUCGUGGAGGAUCUAAUACUGCGAUUCGGCUGGACACUCUCGAUGAGCCUGAUCGAGAUGGGUUACAUCGAUCGGGAAAUCAUAGUAUCGAUCCUCAGCCCGUUGGAAGUAUUUCGACGCUUUAUCUGGAAUUAUUUUCGGCUAGAGAACGAGCAUCUGAACAACUGCGGUAAUUUCCGCGCCGUACGUGAUAUUUCCGUUGCCCCAAUGGAUUGUUCCGAUCAGACCACCAUACUUCGGAUGAUGGACGAAGAAGACGGAGUGCGGAACCGUCGCACCGUCAAGAAGCUGCCAAAUAAGAAGAAAUCCGAGCAGCGCCUUUUGCUGCGAGAGGCUGAGUCGACGGAGGACUUGGAAAUAAACAACAGUCCACAAAAGAGGGUCCAGUGGGAAAUUUAACGAAUUGGCAGGGAGGUGUGCGAAGGAUUCGCUAUCCCCAACACACCUGGCUAAGCUAAAAGGAUAGGACACGGCAACUUUGCAAUGGAAAGUCAUCGCAAUACGGAUAUACAGGAACAAUUGGCAAAAACCUGAAGGCUCUGGAUGUUGAUUGGAUUUAAUGGGUUCAUUGUACUUAACAUGAUAAUAUCCAUAACAAUAAUUGUAAUAAUAAAGAUUCUAUUCAUAUUUACCAAUACCGGAAGAUGCUGGUGUGGAAACAAGUUUGGUGUCUUGAUAAAAACAAACAUAU